AUGCGGCGCCUGCACAAUGUCUUCAACGUUGACCGGUUGAAGCGCCAUGUGCCAAACCCAUCUCGAUUCAACUACCGUCCGAUCCCGAAGGCUAUUCCACAUGUACUGGACGACAAAGGCAAUGAACUAUUCAUCGUUGAAGCGUUGCUGAAGCAACGGCAGUUCAAUCGCAAGAAGGAAUACCUCGUCAAGUGGCAUGGCUUGCCAGAGCACGAAGCAACAUGGGAGUUGGAGCGAACAAGCAAGCAUGUUGCGCAUUUCAAGAAGCUUGUCCAAGACCUGCGCGAGAAGACGCGAGCGACCAAGGCGACAUCAGGGGGAGAAUGUAGUGACGACCCGGAGUUACCUAAUGAUGUCGCAACGUCGAGUGUGCGUGGCCGGCAUGAGACGGCCGCUAGCCGCACACUCGACACCCACACGAUUGGCACGUAG